AUGCUCUCCCCAAACUUCAACCCCAUACGACCAUAUUUUUGUGAGAUGUGUUACUUGAUUCCAGAUCGGGUGGCUAUGAUGUGGCCCACUUCAGACUCAUCGUUGGACUCCUUCUUGGCCGCGGAAAGAGCCUGCGCCUUGGCAACCGCUUGCCCCUCCGAAGAGGUGGCACCAUCUGUGUCUCGUCUACAUUCGCAUGAUCGCCAACACGGAGCAGAAAUUCAUCGUGGCCAACCCAACCAGCAGCAGCAACAAAGCCAGGAGCAAUCGGACCCUUUUUCUCGUGUACUACAAGCUCCACAGGCUCUUCUGCAAACCAGAAAGUCGGACGAGCCCAACAAUCUGACAAAGGCCACUUCGAAA